GAUGUAAGUAGCAGGGGAUUUUCACCAGAGAAGCCCAGAUUGCACUAGCCGAAGCAAAAUGAGUAGGACUGAAGAGAAGGGAGGAAGUGGCUGAGGUUGAGAAACUGGGGAGUUUCUUAUCCGUUCAGUCUAGUUUAUUAAUAGGAGACACACGACCAUGUCCUGGAGCCUGACCGCCCACCAGAAAAGACUACUCAAGUGAGUUGGACUUCUUCCACUGGAGUGAGAAUUGAAGGCUGGGAGACUCAGCCUCCACCAUGUGGAACACCUCCGAAGCCAACUUCUCCUGCUACCAUGAGUCCGUACUGGGCUAUCGUUAUGUUGCAGUUAGCUGGGGGGUGGUGGUAGCUGUCACAGGCACCGUGGGCAACGUCCUCACCCUGCUGGCCUUGGCCAUCCAGCCCAAGCUCCGCACCCGCUUCAACCUGCUCAUCGCCAACCUCACCGUGGCCGAUCUGUUGUACUGCACCCUUCUCCAGCCCUUCUCUGUGGACACCUACCUCCACCUGCACUGGCGCACCGGCGCCACCUUCUGCAGGGUCUUUGGACUCCUCCUCUUUGCAUCCAACUCCGUCUCCAUCCUGACCCUCUGCCUUAUUGCCCUGGCACGCUACCUCCUCAUUGCCCACCCUAAGCUCUUUCCCCGAGUUUUCAGUGCCAAGGGGAUGGUGCUGGCACUGGUGAGUACCUGGGUGGUAGGCGUGGCCAGCUUCGCCCCUCUCUGGCGCAUCUACAUCUUGGUGCCUGCAGUCUGCACCUGCAGCUUUGACCGCAUCCGAGGCCGGCCCUACACCACCAUCCUCAUGGGCAUCUACUUUGUGCUGGGGCUCAGCAGCGUCGGCGUCUUCUACUGGCUCAUCCACCGGCAAGUGAAGCGAGCAGCACAGGCGCUGGAUCAGUAUAAGCAGUCAAGUAUCCACUCCAACCAUGUGGCUGGGACAGAUGAGGCCACACCUGGUCGUUUCCAGGAGCUGGACAGCGGGCGGGCAUCAGGAAGACCCAGCGAGGGGAUUUCGUCUGAGCCGGUCAGUGCUGCCACCACCCAGACCCUGGAAGGGGACUCAUCAGAGGUGGAGGACCAUCCCAGCAGGGAGGUAGGUCAGCAGGCGGCAGAGAAAAGCCAUCCAGAAGCACCUGCCAAGAGCAGGCCGACCAAAAGAGCCCAAAGAACUCAGGACUCUCCGUCAGAGUUUGGGAAGGUGACCCGGAUGUGUUUCGCUGUGUUCCUCUGCUUCGCUCUGAGCUACAUCCCCUUCUUGCUGCUCAACAUCCUGGAUGCCAGGGUCCGCGCUCCUCGGGUUGUCCACAUGCUCGCUGCCAACCUCACCUGGCUCAACGGUUGCAUCAACCCUGUGCUCUAUGCAGCCAUGAACCGUCAGUUCCGCCAAGCCUACGGCUCCAUCCUGAGACGAGGGCCCCAGAGUUUCCGUAGGCUCCGUUAGAACUGUGUUCCCCAGUCACCAGGAUCCAGCACUGUCUCCUCCAGAACAGAGCUAAAGUGGCCAGCUGGUAGGGGAGCAGACGAAAGGAAGGCCUGUGGGCAUUUUCACAACUUCCCCCCAUCCCCGAACCAGGCUUCUCCAUCCCUUGAUCGAUGCUUCAGCUCGAGGCUGCCCAAGAUGCAUUAUUAAUUAUUAAUAAAUGAAUUCUAUC